AUGACGGAUGCAAUACCCGCAGGAUUUCGUACCGUUACGCCGUAUCUCAUUAUCCAAGGUGCCGCGCAAGCGAUUGAAUUCUACAAGCGCGCAUUUGCUGCAACUGAGAAGCUACGUUUAGCGGGCCCAGAUCAGUCAGUGAUACACGCUGAAAUUAAGAUCGGCGAUUCCAUUGUAAUGUUAGCCGACGAGUUUCCCGAUAUGGGCGUGGUAGGGCCGGCAACGCUUGGCGGCGCUGGCGUCAGCAUUUGCCUGUAUGUAGAUGAUGUUAACGCCCAUUUCGAGAAGGCGAUGAAAGCUGGGGCUGUGGAAAUACGGCCGUUGAUGGAUCAGUUCUACGGGGAUCGCUCGGGCACACUCAAAGAUCCGUUUGGUCAUAUGUGGAUCAUCGCCAGUCAUAUCGAAGACCUGACGCCUGAACAGCUGCAAGAGCGGUUCCAGGAAUAUCAAGAAAACCUCUAA